GCCUAGGAUGAUUCUGCAAGAACAGCUGUGUGGUGAGACAGAAAGAGAGAAGAGUAGGCUCCUGUUAUGUACCAGAAGAAAAAGCAAUGACAGAAUGGUGAUGAACCGAAGAUGUUGCUUAACUGUCUGAAACAGGUUGUGUAGCAAGAAAAUCAUACUUUUUGUUUAAUAAAAGACAAAAACAAUAUACACGAGAAGUGCAAGAUGGCCUCAAAUACAGCAGGGAUGCUAAGGUAGUGCCAAGUAUUUUGUUUCCUUUUGACUUAUGCAGGUACAAGUGGAGGAAUUAAUAAAAUACUAAUUAUUAGGACAACACAGUUGCAGCCAAAUUUGACUGACAGAAUUCUGUUAAAUAUGAAUCUUUCUUGUGCACAGAAAAGAUGCAGACAUUAAUUAAAAUUAUCUUAGCCCAGACUUCUUCAGUUCUAGCAUAAAAACCAUGGCAGACUUGACCAGAAGUCAAGCGCUUCCCUGGAGAUUCUCCGGGAGGUGACUCUAUGUGCCCCACGGCCCUCAGUGCUCCUACCUCCAGCCUACCUGGCUGAAUGCAGUCAAGAAGAAACAUCCAAGGCAGCUAUAGUGCUCUUAGAGUGGAGUCCCUCCUGACAUUAGUCAACUAUUAUGAAUAAUAUUACAGACAGAUGCAGUAUUAGUCACUCUAAACCAGAAAGCAAAACAAAACAAACCCUUACCUAAAGCUCUUAAAACCGUCAAGUUUAGUGAUAACGCUUAAACAGAAAGAAAAAGACUAUUGUUAUCUCUUAGUCUGGUUUUAAAAACUUUGUAUUUUGUAAGUGAUAAAUUCACAGAUCAUGAUAGUUUCUUGGUGACGUUUGUUGCUUAUACUGCUGGGCGGUUGAAACAAGCUGCAUAUGAGGAAAUCGUUACUGCAUUGCUAAUAAAGUCUUGCAGUGCUAGCUAAAGCAGAUGGAAGUCCACUGCCUUUUCCAAGAAUCAGCAAGUUGCUUCUCUUGGCUCACAUAUACAGGCUUGCGCAAACUGUCGACUUCAGAAGCUGGCCUAUUCUAGUCUGCGCGUCCGGGGCCUGAACAGUCUCGGCGUUAGAAGGACCCCUCAGGGCUGCUGAGCAUUGAGCACACGCAGCAGCCGCUCCUGCUGUACAGGCUUCUCUCUCAAGAGCUCUAGAUAGUUAAGUCAUGACAUAUCAGUUUCAUAACAAUACCUGUAUGUACAACAAUAGCAUUCAAAUAAAAUAAAUGAGUUAUUGGCAGCCAUCUCUGAGCUUUGACAAGCUUUUUUAAUAAAAGGUAUGAUCCUGGUGAGAGCAUAAGAACUGCUUUAUGAAAAGAGUCAGCUGGCAGUUGCUUUUCUGUGCUGUAGUUCACAUCAGUAUGAGUGUUCAUAAGAAAUAAGCAAGUCAGAAAAGGUUGCAUGUUUAUUAAGUUUUUUUCCCCAAAAAAAGCUGACUUCUUUUCAUAUAAUGAAAGCCAAGUACAAAUUCAGAGACUCCUUUUGAAAAUAAGUUCAGUAAACACUUUCUAAAUAAGGCUAUUACUGUAUUUUAGAAUUCUAGGAAUUUUAGCAACAUACCUGUUUGAAAACAUUGACCUAGAGGGUCAGCUGACGAAGUGGGCCGUUAAAGCAAAAUUUCUCGUACUGAACUGAGCCAAGUCAAGUGGUAAAGGGAAGUGGAUGUUAGUUGUGUAACCAUCCGUUUUGCUUAGCAUCAAAGUUAUGAAUGGUUCCUAGAGGUAAUUUAGUCCUUGCAGAUGUUUUCUUUUACUAGAAAAAAUUGUGUAUGAGCAUUUUGUUAACAAUAUCAUUGCUUGGAGACUCUACCUAAUGGGCACAUACAGCAACCACAGUAACACAGCCAGCCUUACUUCAGGCAGGAGCAGCCUGAUCACCUAUCGUUCUCCCAGUUAAUAAAUACGACUAUUCGAGAGACUGAAAUGUUUUAAAGAUAUGAGCAUGAUUUGGAGAAUGUGUUAUUCUAUUAAACUGAUAAAGUUGUUCAUCUGAGAAAACGGAAGAGCAGAAAGCAAAUAGAUCUGCAGUACCGGAAGUUAACCAAGUCACCGGAUUUCCACAGAUGGCCAAAAGUACUAGUAUAAUUGCAGAGGAAGCAGAUGUUGAGGAGGCAAGCGAGGUUGCAUGGUCUCCCCUUUCAAAGGGAGCAAGGAACAGAACUCAGGUUGAAGCAGUGGAAAGCGUGAAGUGCUAGACGAAGAGACUUUGAACUGCCACAGAAAUGAAAAAGAACAGCUGAGCAACAUCUUGGAUUUGCUAAUUACACCAAGCUGCAGUGUUUUCAUCAUGUUCUUCAAACCUAGAACUCUGAAGUCAGUGUAGAGCUGCAACUAAUGCAAUUUUAGAAAGUGAAUGGAAGACUGAGUGUACAGCAGUGUGCUCAGUUUCAAGUUGUGCUGUUCAGCAAUGAUACACUGUGGAAAAAGACACAUUUGUGCUGUUGUUGCAUGUAUCCUUAUAUUUGCAAGCAUUUUAAUCUGUUCCAGGAAAGGUACUCAUCUACGUAAUAAAAUAACUAGAAAAAUCUUCCUCCAGGCAACAACUAUCAGUCCAGCAGGUCAGCUCUGUAGAGGAAAACCUGCUCAAAAUGUAAUAACACCCUUAAAAGAUAACAGAACUUUUAUCAUUGCCUCGUACUUUGAUGACAGAGAAAGCAAAGUCACCCGUGUGAUUGGGAUUGUUCACCAUGAAGAUGUAAAAGAACUUUACUGCUGGUUCUGCUGUCAGCCUCAUGGUGAAAUACAGGUGACCAAUGCCGAAAUUGAUGUUCAUUCCGAUAGAUUUGGAUUCCCUUACGGUGCAGCAGACAUAGUUUGUCUGGAACCCCAAAACUGCGAUCCAACACAUGUGUCGAUCCAUUGGUCCCCACAUGGAAAUAUUGACCAGCUGCCAAGUUUUGAAAUUAGAAACCGCAAGGCCGAGACCUUUUCUGUUGACUUCACUGUCUGCAUCUCUGCCAUGUUCGGAAAUUACAACAAUGUCUUGCAGUUUAUACAGAGUAUGGAGAUGUAUAAGAUUCUUGGGGUACAGAAAGUGGUGAUCUAUAAGAACAGCUGCAGCCAGCUGAUGGAGAAAGUUUUGAAGUUUUAUAUGGAAGAAGGAACCGUAGAGAUAAUUCCCUGGCCAAUACAUUCACACCUCAAGGUUUCUUCUAAAUGGCACUUUUCUAUGGAUGCCAAAGAUAUUGGCUACUAUGGACAAAUCACAGCUUUGAAUGACUGUAUAUAUCGUAACAUGCAGAGGAGCAAGUUUGUAGUUCUUAAUGAUGCUGAUGAAAUAAUUCUUCCCCUUAAGCACCCAGACUGGAAAACAAUGAUGAGCAGUCUUCAAGAACAAAACCCAGGGACUGGCAUUUUCCUCUUUGAGAAUCAUAUCUUCCCUGAAACCAUAUCCACCCACACGUUCAACAUUUCGUCCUGGAAUAACGUGCCAGGUGUUAACAUACUGCAGCACGUUCACAGAGAGCCAGACAGGAAAGAGGUUUUCAAUCCCAAAAAAAUGAUAAUCGAUCCGAGAAAGGUGGUUCAGACUUCGGUCCACUCCGUCCUACGUGCUUAUGGGAACAGUGUGAGUGUUCCCGUGGAUGUUGCCCUUGUUUAUCAUUGUCGAGUGCCCCUCCAAGGAAACCUUCCCCGAGAGUCCCUCAUCAGGGAUACAACGCUGUGGAGAUAUAACUCGUCAUUAAUCAUGAAUGUUAACAAAGUGCUACGUGAAACAGUACCGCAAGCUCAAAAGUGAAACCUUGGUUGUAAGGAAGGAAAGUGGAGAGCGUGUCCAUGGCGGGGGCAGAGGGUAUCACUUAAAGCUCACAUUGGAAAUAUUUCCAGACAAAGAUUGUUGUAAAGCUUUGGGGGAAACGUUCCUUUUAUGCACUGUAUGAGGGUAAAUCUAUUUUAUCUGUGACCUGAAAUAAGGCACUCAGUGAAGAUAAUUUCAGAACUAAAGAGCUUGUAUUUGAGUCAAGAGAAGCAAUUCAAUUAGUCCUCAGUCCUCUGACUUGUAGAGAGGUGUCUGGAGAACUUUGGCAAAAGCCUGAUGAUACUGUUACAUGUUGUUGCAGGAAACCUUAUGAAUCAAAAUUUUUUUUGAACUCAGGGACUCAUCACUUUGUAGAAAUAAUAUAUAUCUUUAGUUACAAAAGUUAAGUGCUGGGUAAGCUAAAAUUUUAAGUGCAGCAGUUAAACUAAGAGAGGCAUUGCAAUAAGCAUUUAACAUUACGUUCUCCCCAGUAAUACACUGCAGAUUUAGGAUCAUCUGUUGUUCACAGGAGGCAAAUCUUAAAAUUUAUGGCACUCACCAUUAGAAAAUAUCCCACCAAGAAUGUUCAUAGAACUUAGAGUUCCAAAUUGGGCAUUAUCACGUGAAUGUCCACAGUAGCAGUUGCUGUCUCUAAGAUCCAAAGCUUGAACAGUAGAGCUUAUAAGGUAAAAGUACUAGUGUGAAUGACUGGAUUUCAUCAUCAUGUAAUUAUCAGAGUUUCAUUUAUUAGUUUUCACUGAUUUGCAAUUUGAAAAUAUAAUGGCUCAUGUGUGUUUCUCUAUUUUA